CGUCGGGGGAUUUAAUACAAACAAAUACAUUGAAUUCAGGUUUGUAAACGCGCAUACGAUACAGUUAAAAUGUAUUUAUUUAUUGUAAUGCUCACAGUGGGGAUAUAAUUGAAUAAAAAAUACAGAGAGAGAGAAACAUUUAAAGCCCAAAAAGAAAGCCAUCUGCACAGAGCAAAACCUUGAGCAGUGACCUUUUUGCUGUGAGGCAACAGUUCGGACAAGGACUCCAAAGGGCCAAACAGUUUUGGUAUUUCUUUAAUCAAACCUUGUUGCCCACGGGGAAACUGAAAGCGUUGUGUUCUAUCUAACACUUAAAGCUUUUUCCUUUUUAAAAACGGCCAUGUGAUCAAUCAGAUGAGGAGGAAAUAAGGGAUCUAAUCCAAUUAGGACUCUAGUAUGCAUGUCAGUACUUCUAAGCUUGGUCAGGAUAAGUCAGUAAGCCUCAACAUCGGAAGAACGUAUUCUUCAUCUUCGAGGCCCAGCACCAUGUCUAUUCUCAAAAUACAUGCCAGAGAAAUCUUUGAUUCUCGUGGAAAUCCCACAGUAGAGGUGGACCUUUACACUGAACGAGGCUUGUUUAGGGCAGCUGUACCAAGUGGAGCGUCUACAGGGAUCUACGAGGCGUUGGAACUCCGGGACAAUGACAAGUCUCGCUAUCUUGGAAAAGGAGUCUUGCAGGCUGUUCAAAAUAUAAAUUCAAUCCUUGCACCUGCACUUGUUGGCCAAGGUUUUUCUGUGGUUGAGCAGGAGAGUAUUGACCAGAUGAUGAUUGACUUGGACGGCACAGAGAACAAAUCCAAAUUUGGAGCAAACGCCCUCCUGGGAGUUUCUCUAGCUGUUUGCAAGGCCGGUGCAGCAGAGAACGGAGUCCCCCUGUAUCGCCACAUCGCUGACCUUGCAGGAAACCCUGAGGUCGUUUUGCCUGUACCGGCCUUUAAUGUCAUCAACGGCGGCUCUCAUGCAGGAAACAAACUUGCCAUGCAGGAGUUCAUGAUCCUGCCUGUUGGUGCCAGCUCCUUCAAAGAGGCCAUGCGAAUCGGGGCUGAGGUGUACCACAAUUUGAAAAACGUCAUCAAGAAAAAAUAUGGACAGGAUGCCACCAAUGUGGGCGAUGAAGGUGGUUUCGCUCCAAACAUCUUGGAGAACGGAGAGGCUCUUGAGUUACUGAAGGAGGCCAUUGGCAAAGCCGGGUACACAGACCAGGUUGUGAUUGGAAUGGAUGUGGCAGCGUCCGAAUUCUACCGGGAGGGAAAAUACGAUCUGGACUUCAAGUCUCCCGACGAUCCAAGUCGUUACAUCACUCCUGAUGAACUGGCUGAUCUCUACAGGAGCUUUGUUAAGGAUUAUCCAGUGGUUUCCAUAGAGGAUCCCUUCGACCAGGAUGACUGGACGGCCUGGACAAACUUCACAGGAAGCACAGACAUCCAGGUGGUUGGCGAUGAUCUGACUGUGACCAACCCCAAUCGUAUUAGCAAGGCUGUGGAUGUGAAAGCCUGCAACUGUCUGCUGCUGAAAGUCAACCAGAUCGGCACCGUGACCGAGUCCAUCAGAGCCUGUAAGAUGGCGCAGGAGAGCGGUUGGGGUGUGAUGGUUAGCCAUCGCUCUGGGGAGACUGAGGAUACUUUCAUUGCAGAUUUGGUGGUUGGUUUGUGCACUGGACAGAUCAAGACCGGGGCACCCUGUCGCUCUGAGCGUCUGGCCAAAUACAACCAGAUUCUCAGAAUUGAAGAGGAUUUGGGAGACAAGGCUCAAUUUGCGGGGAAAAACUUCAGAAGGCCAUAGAUUAAUUUCUUAGUGGAUAAAACCUAUUUUAAAUUGAAUGUGACAUUCAAAUCUACAACAAUAGACUAACACAGAUCCACAUUUACAUGCUAUUGAUGUUAAAAUAACUCACUGUGGAAUUGUGACACGGUUUUAACGGCUUUGAACUAGAUCUUAUAGCACUUUUAAGUGUUUAUUUACCAGAUUAAAAAUGUAACUGUGCAUUUUUUCUUUCUUUGAUAGUGAGUGUACACUUUAAAAUAUCUUCAGCAAAUUGUUUUCACUUUGGACAAGAUUUCCAGACCUGUACAAACUCUUUAUGAAGGAAAAUUGGUACUGUGUUUAAAAAAUACUUUUUAAAAAACACACAAAUAUUUACUUCUUGCUGUAAACAGUACUGGGUCUUUGUAUUGUGCUUUGUAUUUUAUCAGGUUACCAUACAGUUUACAUAUAAAAGAGUAACAAUAACGGUGUGUUAUGAUGUACAAGUCAAACAAAAACAACAACGAUAACAACACCAGUUGCUUAUAAAUAAUGUAUUUUUUUAUUUCUGGGAUCUACUGUCUUCAAUACUAUUGUAUUCGCUCUACGACAAACACUAAACUAUCAUUGACGGUUUUAAUGGUGUGUUCUCCUCCGUCUACGUUGCUGAGAGAAAAAUCCGAUAAUAAAAGUUUAUUUUAAGUGACAGACUGUGGUUGACGGUUUUCUUGUGGUUUCCUGCAGCACAGCGGUGUCGAGCUAAAUAAACACCCGAGCGUCGGCAGAGACACAGAGUGGAUCUAAUCAUGUGUCUUACAUAAUGAACCACGGCGGCGGAGUCGUUCCUUCAUGGACGCCCAAACAGCAGCACCAGUUGUGGUAGCUGCUCUCAGCUGCUGCUGCUGCUGAUCCGCGGCACAUGCUCAGUACUGUAGCAGCCAGCUAACUUUGAAGGCUGUGGCUGCCUGCUGAGGUCAUUGCACCGGGGAGAGAGAGAGAGAGAGAGAGAGAGAGAGAGAGAG